UUGAGUGGUAAAAAUCUUCCCAUUUCAUCUUCCAUUUUAACGGAGCGAAGGAAGAAGAAUUGAAGCGGAAAACACACCAGAACACGGCCAUAACAAACUGGUCGGAUCUACAGCUCUCAGGCCUCUAGGGUUUCAUUGAAAGAAUAUUUCAACAAUGGCUAUGGCUGCUUUGAGACGGGAAGGGAGGCGAUUCGCUACCCCUCUCAUCUCUCCCCAACCGAUCACUGCCAUCCGAUCCUCUCUUAUUGCAGAGGAGCAGGCCCCUAGUGGAGUACGUUCUAUAUCAACCCAAGUUGUCAGAAAUAGAAUGAAGAGUGUCAAGAAUAUUCAGAAAAUUACAAAGGCCAUGAAGAUGGUUGCAGCCUCAAAGUUACGUGCGAUUCAAACUCGAGCAGAAAAUUCCCGUGGCCUAUGGCAGCCAUUUACUGCUCUUCUUGGUGAUGCUCCUAGUGUUGAUGUGAAGAAGAAUGUAAUUGUUACCAUUUCUUCAGACAAAGGUCUGUGUGGAGGAAUUAACUCCACAUCAGUCAAGAUAAGCAAGGCUAUGCACAAGUUGGCUUCUGGUCCAGAUAAAGAAACAAAAUAUGUCAUCUUGGGAGAAAAGGCGAAGGCUCAGUUGAUACGUGAUUCAAAGAAGGACAUUGAACUAUCUAUCACUGAGUUGCAAAAGAAUCCUUUGAAUUAUACUCAGGUCUCUGUUCUGGCAGAUGACAUCUUAAAGAAUGUGGAAUAUGAUGCUUUGAGGAUUGUCUUCAACAAGUUCCAUUCAGUUGUUUCAUUUCUUCCAACCAUGUCAACUGUGUUAUCUCCAGAGGUUGUGGAGAGAGAGGCUGAAUCUGGGGGAAAACUUGGAGAUCUUGACUCUUAUGAGAUUGAAGGUGGUGAAACAAAGGGUGAAAUACUUCAGAAUCUUGCUGAGUUCCAGUUUUCUUGUGUCCUAUUCAAUGCUGUACUGGAGAAUGCUUGCAGUGAGCAAGGAGCAAGGAUGUCUGCUAUGGACAGCUCAAGCAGAAAUGCUGGCGAGAUGCUUGAUCGCCUGACACUUACUUAUAACAGAACUCGUCAAGCAUCAAUCACCACCGAGUUGAUUGAAAUUAUAUCAGGAGCAUCAGCACUAGAGGGUUAAUUGAACAAUCUGUGGUGCUCGACGGCUCAGAAAUAAGAUCUGAGCAACAGGCUUCUUGUAACUUUAUUGGCAUGUUUGAGGAUGUUUUUGUUGAGCUACUCCAAUAAUUCCCCUCUGCAUUAUGCUUAAUUUGUGGGAAUUGAAAAUAUUGUUAUGGUUACCAUUGAUUUUGGUUUUGGGUUCGUUCACUUUUCCGCCCUGUGCCUUUAAAUGGAAACUAGACCAUAUUUUGAGGCUAUGAGAUUGAUUUAUUGUAAA